GCCAGGAUACCCAACCUGCAGCCUCGCGGGGAUCCGGUGGAAGCGAGCAGAUCGCGAGCAACGAGAAGAGCAACCCACAUCAAGCAAUGGCCUCAACUCAAGGAAGGUGUCAGGAACCUAUAUAUGCCUCUGGUGUCACAGCCGACAAGGGGACGACGAAGCCUACCUGUUUCAUCUGCCGGCAGAGCUUUGUGCGGCGCAGCGAGCUGACGAGACACGCACGGGUGCACAGGGCCACGUUAUCAGUCCCGUUCCAAUGUCCUGAGUGCAAGCGCCACAGCCUAACGCCACCCACUACGCAGACACCAGCUCAAUGAAGCAACCAUGUGGAAAGGGUCCACGGCAAACAGCAUGCCCCCAACUUCCUCGAGCACCUCGCCGUCUCGACCUCGAAGGCCAAUAUUUUCGACGAAGUUACAUGUGCUAUUUGCAACAGCCGAGUUUCGAUACACAGCUUUGCGCGUCAUAUCAACACGAAGCACAUCGACAGCUCCCUUAACGAUCAGUGCAAAAUCGUCACUUGCCCGUCGUGCCCCGGUAUGGACAACCUCAGUAUCGACACUUACGCCUCUCACAUAUCCACCCAAUACGGCGUCCAACCCUUGGAGCGUUGUUCUUUUUGUCGCAACUUUUUAACUCGGAAGGGUCUGGUCACACACAUCCGAGCCCACUUUCGGCGGUCGUCGAGCCCGCUUCCCUGUCCGCUGUGCGAGCAGCAAGAUCAAGAGGCCGCGUGCUUUGAGGAUUAUCCCUCCUGGCGUAUCCAUGCCAUCCAGACUCCCGGUCAUUUGCUUGAGAACU